UUAUAAAGAACGUUCUCUGAUCCGUCACCUCUCAACGUCACCAGAACGUCCUCAGAGUGUCGCAGCUUGAACGUUACGUCGCAUCGCCCAAAAAUAAAGGACACGAUGGAGCGAUUCAUCCACCGGCGGAUUUUAUCUCAGUUAAACGUUUGAAUCCCAAACGUCAAAGUAACAAGAGCAGAGCUUUUCACGUCGACCGCAGUCUCGGUGCACGGCGUUUUUAAUCUCCAUGGUAACAGAUCUGUGAGCAGAGGGUCAAAGUUAGGGAUGCAGUGCUGUGAAGACGUUGUCUGUCCUGCAGACUGUAGCUCCAUCCAAACUCAAACUAAACCUACAAAUAACCUGAUUCAGUCAACUGCUUUCAGUCUGGUCCUCCAGUCUGUUCACGUGUGUCUCUAACAUGUCUCUGUGUCCACUGUGUCUCCUCUUUAUGUCCUCUGGAUGUGUCCCCUACUGAGAAGUUUGUUGGUUGACUCUCUGUCGGAUAAAUUCCAGGACAGAAAAACUUGAGUGUCUCAGCGAGGAGCGAGGACAUGAAAACAAACAAAGUUUUAACGAGUCACGCAUCUCUGCAGGAGGACAUCAGUAGGACAGUUCGGGUCCACAAAGAGUCAAAAACUACAACAGUUAUUAAAAUGUUUAAAUCAGAUCCAUUUGUCUUUUCAUUGAUUAUCAGUUUAUUGAUCUUCAAAAUCCAACUGAAGCUUUUCAAGAGGGGACAGAAAAGGAGAGAGACAGGCAAACAGAUGGACAGAAAGACAGGGAGAGAGACACAGACAGACAAGCAGAGAGAGAGACAGGGAGAGACAGAGAGGGACAGAGAUGCUGAACCAUUAACUGAAAACAAACGACUGUUAAGCCAAGAAAAACAGAGGGAGCGUCUGUCCCGUUUCAGUGUCUUGACCAGCAGAGAGACGGAUCGUAAAGUCACUGAUUCAUCAUCAGACGUUUCCUCCAACUCCACUUGUCUGUCUCUCCGUCCGUUCCGCUGUCCACUUGUCUGUCUCUCCGUCCGUCCACCUGCGCAGCCCUCCAGGCGUCCGUCAGACCCUCUGAAAACAAAACAGGAGACAAGGACAGAGGAGACAAGGAGAGACACAGGGAGACAUGGGCUUCAGUGACCUGCUAGAUGAGGUGGGCGGGUUUGGCAGGUACCAGUGGAUCCAUGUGACCCUGAUCAGUUUACCUGGUCUGCUGAUGGCAAGUCAGAACCUGCUGAACAACUUUGUGUCAGGAAUCCCCGCCCACCACUGCCGUCUGCCAGCCAAUCACAGCCUCCACAACCUGUCUCACUACCAGGUGGAUCAGAAGCAGCUGCUGAAAGCAUAUAUCCCGUUGGAUUCUUCAGGAAGUAGACUGGACCGCUGCAGGAGGUAUGUGGAGCCUCAGUGGCAGCUGUUAGCUGCUAACGGUAGCUCAGCUAAUGUCAGCCAGCUGCAGACUGAAGGAUGUUUGGAUGGAUGGACGUUCGACACCUCCGAGUUCCUCGCCACCACUGUCUCCGAGUGGGAACUGGUGUGUCCCCUGCGUCCUCUGAAACAGAUGAUUCAGACCAUCUAUAUGGGCGGUGUCCUGGCGGGUGCCAUCAUCUAUGGUGGUUUGUCAGACAGGUUCGGGAGGCGGUCUGUCCUUAUUUGGUCAUACCUGCAGCUCGCCAUCCUCGGUUGUAGCUCCGCCCUCUCCCCGUCAUACUCUGCUUACUGCAUCUUCAGGUUCCUGAGCGGGAUGGCGGUGUCUGGGAUCAUCCUCAAUGGCGUCUCUCUGAAGGUGGAGUGGAUCCCAACCAGGGAGAGGACGUUGGUGGGGACGCUGUCCUCUUUCUUCUUCACCUUUGGUCAGAUGAUCCUGGCUGGGCUCUCCUAUUGGCUGAGAGACUGGAGGAAGCUGCAGGUGGCGGUCUGCGCCCCCCAAUUCCUGUUCUUCGCCUGGAGCUGGUGGUACUCGGAGUCAGCUCGUUGGUCUGUUUUGAACGGUCGGUCUGAGGAGGCUUUAAAGAGUCUUCAUCGCAUUGCUCGAGUCAACGGAAAACCAGAAGUUAUUGACAAGUUAACACUGGAGGUGCUUCACUCUCACAUGAGUAAGGAGAUUGAGUCGAGUCGUUCGUCUUUGACGGCAUACGACCUGCUGAGGACACGAGGAAUGAGACGCAUCUCAGUCUGUCUGCUCGUCGUCUGGUUCUCCACUAGUUUUGCGUAUUAUGGUUUGGCAAUGGACCUGCAGAAGUUCGGGGUGAGUCAUCACCUGUUGACCUGUCCACCUGUACCUGUCCACCUGUCUACCUGUUUAUCUGUCCGUGUGUCCUGGUGUCCACCUGUUGACCUGUCCAACUGUCUACGUAUCCGUGAGUAUCUACCUGAUGCAGAUCAUCUUUGGAGUCGUGGAUAUUCCCGCCAAGCUGCUGGCUCUGGGCAUGCUCAGUUACCUGGGCAGGAGGGUCACUCAGGCCACCUGUCUCUUCAUGUCUGCCCUCGUCAUUUUCGCCAAUAUCUUCGUCCCCACAGACCUGCAGAGCGUCAGGACCACACUGGCCUGUCUUGGCAAAGCGUUCACCUCGUCUUCCUUCACCACCGUCUACCUGUACACUGGAGAGCUCUACCCCACCGUCAUCAGACGGGGAUGGGCUUCGUGUCGACCAUGGCCAGAGUCGGCAGCAUGGCGGCGCCCGCUGUCCUCAUCCUGGAUGAGGUGUUCCCUGCUCUGCCUAGUGUGGUGUACGGGGGGGCGGCAGUGCUGGCCAGCUGCUUUGCCUGUUUCCUGCCGGAGACGCUGAACAUACCGCUGCCCGACACCAUCGAGGAUGUGGAGGAGAAAUGGUCUGGAUCAAGCCCCACCCCCCGACCAGAGGAAGGCGUGUCUUUAAAAAGGGACGGGGAAUCCUGUGAUGAGGGUGUGGUCUCUACAGAGGGUGUGGCUUUGAAGGAGCUGAAGGAAGCGGAGGGGGUGGGGCUGAACGCACUCUGACCAAUCAGAGGGCUGGAGUCAUUUCUAAUGGACCAGUCAAAUGGUUUCAGCGUUCAUGAGAGUCAACAGUUUUACAAUCAGUCAGUGAUUGAUUAUUGAUUAUUGAUUAGAUGUGAUGAGUUUAGUUUCUAUCAUUAAUUAGUCAAUAAUUAAUCUAUUAAUAAAUCUGUGAUCAUUGGUGUUGUCUGCUGGCACUUUCAAUCUCAAAACUGCACAUUUUACCAGUGUCUGUUUUCAACGAUACGUUUCCGUGAAAAAAGUGUGAAACAGACUGAAACAUAUGUGAAACAGACUGACACAGGUGUGAAACAGACUGAAACAGACUGACAGAGGUGUGAAACAGACUGAAACAGUCUGACAGAGGUGUGAAACAGACUGAAACAGGUGUGAAACAGACUGACACAGGUGUGAAACAGACUGAAACAGACUGACAGAGGUGUGAAACAGACUGAAACAGACUGACAGAGGUGUGAAACAGACUGACACAGGUAUGAAACAGAUGGAGACAGACUGACACAGGUGUGAAACAGA